CGAGUUGAAGGCGGAUCUUCAAUCCCGUCCCGUUAGUUACGCACUGACCGACUGAAGAGACUGAACAUGAAGGAGAAAACACGAGAAAAACACCACAAAACUCAAGGAUUUCCACUCAUCUCACUCUUUACAAGCUGGAUUUCACUCGUGGCUUUCACAGAGGUGUCGCUGUGUGACGCCGUGCAGGUCUCCGUACGUGAUGAGCGGCGCUUUGCGAUGUUGUUUCAGUCUGUGGUUUUACCGUGUCAAUACACCAGCGUCUCUACGCAGACUCCGGUGGUCCAGUGGUGGUACAAGUCAUACUGCCGUGAUCGCACCCGUGACGUCUUCCGCUUCCCUGACACACUGACGGUCCAGGGCUCAGAGUUGGGGUCUUCGGUUUACCUCGACUGCGGGGACACCGGGCGGACGGUCCGCAUCGUUGCAUCUGGACAGGGGUCGUCCAUCACCCUCGCUGAGUACUACAAGGGCAGAGACAUCGCCAUCAUUAACAAGGCUGACCUACGCAUUGGUGAGCUGCAGUGGGGUGACAGUGGUAUUUAUUACUGUAAGGUUGUCAUCUCUGAUGAUCUGGAGGGCCAGAAUGAAGCUCAUGUGGAACUGCUUGUGUUAGGUCAGACACGUAUGGCCGAUGAUCUUCUACCUGGGUUUAAUGUGGAGAUUAUUCCAGAGUGGGUGUUUGUGUGUGUUGUAGUAGUGGGCAGUAUUCUCUUCAUUCUGCUGGUGGGUGUGUGUUGGUGUCAGUGUUGCCCUCAUUCCUGUUGCUGUUACGUGAGAUGUUGCUGCUGUCCUGAGACCUGUUGCUGCCCACGACACUUGUACGAAGCAGGUAAAGGAAUCAAACUGGCACCAUCUACGGCAUUGCCAGCGUACCCUACAUACUACAUACCUGGGAUGCCGACCAUGCUGCCCAUAGCACCACCGUCCCUCAUUGACCCUAACCUGACAACAGCACCAUCCGUACAGACCAACAGCACAACAGGACGCAGUGGUUUUCAUCCGCAGCCCUCGUCAGAUCAAAACUCUCUCAAGGUGCUGCAGUAUGUGGAAAAGCAACUCGCUGAAUUCAACCCGUCAUCACCGAAACACAGCAGCAGUCGAGACACUUGCAGUUUGUCUGAACUGAGUUCAUUACAUGAUGCAGAAACCGAGUUUAAUCAAACCUACCGACAAGUCCAAAAAAAAGCUCUACCGGCCAUCCCUGACCUCGAUGAUCCGCCUGACCUCCCAACUUCAGAUUUAUUGAAUCUACACGAGGGAAGAUACGCACGCCAGCCACAGCGUAGACUCCGGGAGUUAGACGACAAUCCCAGGUGGAACCCACGCUCAGAACACUUGAAGAGAAAAGCUUUCCUAGAACGAGGACGCACGGGAUCGCUGGAUGAGCUCGAGGAGUUCGCCAUGACGUAUAUGCAACGAGGACGUCGUCACGGGGACUCGGCAUUCAGGGAUGAAAACUACAGAGCGCAGGAGCGAGAAAGAGAACUCGAUCGUAAUCCGUUUUAUUGCUCCAAACGGCACUCUCCGAAGGACUGUUCAGUGAGAAGACCACCAAGUCCCCCACCCCUACCUGGAAAAAGGCGUGGCACUCGGGAUUCUGAACAACCAGAUCGAGAUCAACGAGAUCGGGAUCAGGACGGGAGGCGAGACUAUGAUGAUGCUCUUCUCAACAGUUUCUUUGAGCAUAAAGGUGAGAACGUUUUUUCAAAAGCAGGAAGGACUGAGGAAGGUUCAGACACGCUUUCUAAAAACAGUUCCAAAAAGAGUCACGAGCGUUCAAACGGCAGGUCUCCAAGCAACCGGUUACCUCGCCACAAGACGGCAGAGGACACCGAAUCCUUGCCCCCCUACACGGAGAAAGAGCAUUCCUGUGGAGUAGAGUCCGGACAACGACCUUUAAACUACACGCGAUCCAGUCACGGCUCUUCACCAGGACGACAGGAGGAACAGAACCGCCCUCGUAAAGUGACGCUUCACCAGCUGACUGUUGCUCCUCUCACUGCCGGUCCAGACUAAUCUGAUCUGAUCUAAUCUGAUCUGAUCUAAUCUGAUCUAAACUCUAAUGUUAAGAAGCGUAUAUAUCACUUGAUGGUCUGCUCGGUCUCUGGACUCAUCUGGACUCUUCUGUCCUGUCUUUAAACAGAGCACGCUUCUGACCAGAGACUUGCUUAUAGUCUGAUGUCCUGAGACACGCUUUCACCACACACGCCUUCUCUGAACACGCAAUCCUGCGGACCCACAAACACUAACGACAGCUUGUGCUUUACCGAUGAGUUUGUAGGGUUUCACUCCAUCGAUUGAAGUCCCAAAAAAGAAGUAAACACAGAUUUUGAGUGAUCUUCAAAUGAAAAUGUUUUAAGCGCUACUGUGUAUCUGAAUGUGGUUUAAGUAAAUAUUCUUUCAUCACCAACAGAAUGAGUAUAUUCAAAAUGUUUAGCUGGUAAACUUUAGUGUACACUAAUACAUCUGAGAUAGUACAGCAUACUGUAUUUGGACAGUUGAGUCUAAUAAUGUAAAUAAAUGGAUUUGUGUUCUAUGAAUAUAUUUACCAGACAGUAUUUAAUGAUGUUUACAUGGUCUGUAUUAUUAUUAUUAUUAUUAUAUAAGCUUAUUGCUGUAUAAUGAGCACUGAGAUGUUUUGUUCCAAUGCAGAGGUUUGACUGGACUGUGCCGAGCACACACGGUCCAUUAUAAACACACAGAGAGAGAGAGAGAGAGAGAGAGAAAUGUCAAACUUUGAUUCAUUUAUAUCCAUUUAUUCACAUUUAUGCAUAACACUUCUGUGAAAAUUACAUUUUGUUUUUGAAAGGUUACUACAGGUGUGUUAAAACAAACAAGUAAUUUACUUAACUAGCAGCUUUAUUUUAUUUCCACUCUACAUUUGAUUGAUGUUUAUUACGGUAACUAGCAGUAAGUGAGAUUCUGUGCUUUCAAAAACAGAAAAUAAGAUCAAAUGCUAUUAAAACAACAUUUGGAGCUCGUGAUCUGCUAGCUUUAUGUAUUAUUUGUGUGUUAUUCUGCCAUAUCGUUUUAUCAGUAUUAUAAAAAGCCAAUCUUUAAAAGUCCCGGUAAAGUCAUUUUAGAGAAUUGUUUCUAAACACAUCAUAAAUGUUAGAAGACCUUACAAAGACUGUGUAGUAGCCUACUGAAUUGUGGAGUUAAACCGUUUUCAUCAUUUCUGAGUUCAGGAUUAUUUGAGAGGAUGGCCCAUUGAUCUUUAUAAAUGACUGGAUUGCGCAUGACGUCACAAUUGUGAAGCCACCGCGCCGCCAUAUUGGUAUACACAAACAAACAUUCUAUUAAAUCAAUGGACGUUAUCAGAAUUUAAUGAUAAAACAUCACUUUACUAGUCUCUGUUUUUAUAUCUGAAGUCUCCCUUGGGUGGCCAUUCGUGCCAGUUCCACCGGACACGUCCCGAACAUGUUUUCGGGUUCGUUCUCCGGAAGUCGCGCUGGUCGACCGUAGGGCUGAAACGAUUCAUCGAGUUACUCGAUUUACUCAAUUCAAAAAAUUCCUCGAGGCAAAAAUUCUGCCUCGAAGCCUCGUUAAAUUCCUAUGACGCACACUACACGCGCCGAGAUCUGAUUCACACGGACCGUUGUUCAAUGUUCAGGAAGCACAUCAUAGCGCGUGGUACAUUUUGAAUUAAGUUGCCGCGAUGGCGGAGCGAAUAUGUCCAUAAACGGCAGAAAGAGAAUGUUUAAAGUUUGGGAUCAUUACAUUAUCAUUACAUUCAGCAUCUGAACCGAAAACAUCCACUGCUGUUUCACCAAGCGUCGAUGAAACAAGGUAACAGCUUUCGCUGAUUUUAAUCCCAUACUGUAUUUGUAGCGAUGUCGUUAUGCGGUUUGACUAGAUAUGAUGUUUAGCUUUGAUGUUUUCGUAUUCACGUUCAAUUGCUUAAAAAAGAACCUCUUCACAAACACGCAUGCACUUUACAGGUGUGUGUACCAAAAAACGGCACCACAGUGCAAUCAUAUAUGGGCAACUUGUAAUCUGACAUAUUUUGUUCAAUAAUAAUAAUCUCUGUCUUAUUGGAGUUUAGCAAAAGGAAGUUAUUCUCUCUCACGCGAGUCAGACCGAUCGCGCAAUGCAUCACAUAUGCUUAAACUUUUAUGUAGCCACGCAACAAUAAUUUCAGCAUGCAUUCACUGUAUACAGCGGGACGUGAUGUCGUAACGCGUUUUUUUUCCGAACGGAUUCUUAACCUAAAAUGCACCGCAAUGCAAGUGAUGCACCAAAUGCAGCAUUCUAUUGAAAAGUAAUGUAUGUAUUUCUGCAGUACCAAAAUGCAAUGAAGCAACUGAACGUCUGACUGGGGUGUCACUCUUCCUCAAGCACAGCACGCGUGCACACAGAAACACAGGUGCACGUGCGCGCGCACACACACAGGUUGUUACCAUAGCAAAUAGGCUCACCCCAGAAAUGAUAUAUUACAUGUUAGUAGCCUAAUGGUAAAUGCUGCAGGUGUAGAAAUGUACAUAAACCAGAUAUUUACUUUGAUGUCAGUGCUAGAUUACAGCAUGAAACCUGUUGUGCAUAUUAAUAAAUUAAAGUGCUUAAUUGUUGGCACUGGCAUUUAUUAACUUUGAAAUUAAUAGGCUUAUUUUUUGGAGCCAAAUACCUGUUUUUUUAGAAAUAAAAGCCAAAUGCUUGAACAUUUUACAGCCACGUCAUUUUCGUUAUGCAUUAUUUGUUUUGGUUGUUUAAAAACACAAACAAAAUUUUUAUCCGAUUACUCGAUUAAUCGAUCGAUUCAGUGCUAGAUUAAUCGAUUACAAAAAGAAUCGAUAGCUGCAGCCCUAGUAGGGCUGAAACGAUUCAUCGAGUUACUCGAUUUACUCGAUUCAAAAAAUCCCUCGAGGCAAAAAUUCUGCCUCGAAGCCUCGUUAAAUUCCUAUGACGCGCACUACACGCGCCGAGAUCUGAUUCACACGGACCGUUGUUCAAUGUUCAGGAAGCACAUCAUAGCGCGUGGUACAUUUUGAAUUUAGUUGGCGCGAUGGCGGAGCGAAUAUGUCCAUAAACGGCAGAGAGAGACUGUCUAAAGUUUGGGAUCAUUACAUUAUCAUUACAUUCAGCAUCUGAACCGAAAACAUCAACCGCUGUUACACCAAGCGUCGAUGAAACAAGGUAACGUAGCUUCCGCUGAUUUUAAUCCCAUACUGUAUUUGUAGCAAUGUCGUUAUGCGGUUUGACUAGAUAUGAUGUUUAGCGUUUAUGUUUUUAAGUAGUAAACGUAAAAACGUUCAAUUGCAGGAGAGUAUAUAGCUUUAAAUAGAACCCCUUCACACACGCAUGCACUUUACAGGUGUGUGUACCAAAAAACGGCACCACAGUGCAAUCAUAUAUGGGCAACUUGUAAUCUGACAUAUUUUGUUCAAUAAUAAUAAUCUCUGUCUUAUUGGAGUUUAGCAAAAGGAAGUUAUUCUCUCUCACGCGAGUCAGACCGAUCGCGCAAUGCAUCACAUAUGCUUAAACUUUUAUGUAGCCACGCAACAAUAAUUUCAGCAUGCAUUCACUGUAUACAGCGGGACGUGAUGUCGUAACGCGUUUUUUUUCCGAACGGAUUCUUAACCUAAAAUGCACCGCAAUGCAAGUGAUGCACCAAAUGCAGCAUUCUAUUGAAAAGUAAUGUAUGUAUUUCUGCAGUACCAAAAUGCAAUGAAGCAACUGAACGUCUGACUGGGGUGUCACUCUUCCUCAAGCACAGCACGCGUGCACACAGAAACACAGGUGCACGUGCGCGCGCACACACACAGGUUGUUACCAUAGCAAAUAGGCUCACCCCAGAAAUGAUAUAUUACAUGUUAGUAGCCUAAUGGUAAAUGCUGCAGGUGUAGAAAUGUACAUAAACCAGAUAUUUACUUUGAUGUCAGUGCUAGAUUACAGCAUGAAACCUGUUGUGCAUAUUAAUAAAUUAAAGUGCUUAAUUGUUGGCACUGGCACUUAUAAACUUUGAAAUUAAUAGGCUUAUUUUUUGGAGCCAAAUACCUGUUUUUUUAGAAAUAAAAGCCAAAUGCUUGAACAUUUUACAGCCACGUCAUUUUCGUUAUGCAUUAUUUGUUUUGGUUGUUUAAAAACACAAACAAAAUUUUUAUCCGAUUACUCGAUUAAUCGAUCGAUUCAGUGCUAGAUUAAUCGAUUACAAAAAGAAUCGAUAGCUGCAGCCCUAGUAGGGCUGAAACGAUUCAUCGAGUUACUCGAUUUACUCGAUUCAAAAAAUCCCUCGAGGCAAAAAUUCUGCCUCGAAGCCUCGUUAAAUUCCUAUGACGCGCACUACACGCGCCGAGAUCUGAUUCACACGGACCGUUGUUCAAUGUUCAGGAAGCACAUCAUAGCGCGUGGUACAUUUUGAAUUUAGUUGGCGCGAUGGCGGAGCGAAUAUGUCCAUAAACGGCAGAGAGAGACUGUCUAAAGUUUGGGAUCAUUACAUUAUCAUUACAUUCAGCAUCUGAACCGAAAACAUCAACCGCUGUUACACCAAGCGUCGAUGAAACAAGGUAACGUAGCUUCCGCUGAUUUUAAUCCCAUACUGUAUUUGUAGCAAUGUCGUUAUGCGGUUUGACUAGAUAUGAUGUUUAGCGUUUAUGUUUUUAAGUAGUAAACGUAAAAACGUUCAAUUGCAGGAGAGUAUAUAGCUUUAAAUAGAACCCCUUCACACACGCAUGCACUUUACAGGUGUGUGUACCAAAAAACGGCACCACAGUGCAAUCAUAUAUGGGCAACUUGUAAUCUGACAUAUUUUGUUCAAUAAUAAUAAUCUCUGUCUUAUUGGAGUUUAGCAAAAGGAAGUUAUUCUCUCUCACGCGAGUCAGACCGAUCGCGCAAUGCAUCACAUAUGCUUAAACUUUUAUGUAGCCACGCAACAAUAAUUUCAGCAUGCAUUCACUGUAUACAGCGGGACGUGAUGUCGUAACGCGUUUUUUUUUCCGAACGGAUUCUUAACCUAAAAUGCACCGCAAUGCAAGUGAUGCACCAAAUGCAGCAUUCUAUUGAAAAGUAAUGUAUGUAUUUCUGCAGUACCAAAAUGCAAUGAAGCAACUGAACGUCUGACUGGGGUGUCACUCUUCCUCAAGCACAGCACGCGUGCACACAGAAACACAGGUGCACGUGCGCGCGCACACACACAGGUUGUUACCAUAGCAAAUAGGCUCACCCCAGAAAUGAUAUAUUACAUGUUAGUAGCCUAAUGGUAAAUGCUGCAGGUGUAGAAAUGUACAUAAACCAGAUAUUUACUUUGAUGUCAGUGCUAGAUUACAGCAUGAAACCUGUUGUGCAUAUUAAUAAAUUAAAGUGCUUAAUUGUUGGCACUGGCACUUAUAAACUUUGAAAUUAAUAGGCUUAUUUUUUGGAGCCAAAUACCUGUUUUUUUAGAAAUAAAAGCCAAAUGCUUGAACAUUUUACAGCCACGUCAUUUUCGUUAUGCAUUAUUUGUUUUGGUUGUUUAAAAACACAAACAAAAUUUUUAUCCGAUUACUCGAUUAAUCGAUCGAUUCAGUGCUAGAUUAAUCGAUUACAAAAAGAAUCGAUAGCUGCAGCCCUAGUAGGGCUGAAACGAUUCAUCGAGUUACUCGAUUUACUCGAUUCAAAAAAUCCCUCGAGGCAAAAAUUCUGCCUCGAAGCCUCGUUAAAUUCCUAUGACGCGCACUACACGCGCCGAGAUCUGAUUCACACGGACCGUUGUUCAAUGUUCAGGAAGCACAUCAUAGCGCGUGGUACAUUUUGAAUUUAGUUGGCGCGAUGGCGGAGCGAAUAUGUCCAUAAACGGCAGAGAGAGACUGUCUAAAGUUUGGGAUCAUUACAUUCAGCAUCUGAACCGAAAACAUCAACCGCUGUUACACCAAGCGUCGAUGAAACAAGGUAACGUAGCUUCCGCUGAUUUUAAUCCCAUACUGUAUUUGUAGCAAUGUCGUUAUGCGGUUUGACUAGAUAUGAUGUUUAGCGUUUAUGUUUUUAAGUAGUAAACGUAAAAACGUUCAAUUGCAGGAGAGUAUAUAGCUUUAAAUAGAACCCCUUCACACACGCAUGCACUUUACAGGUGUGUGUACCAAAAAACGGCACCACAGUGCAAUCAUAUAUGGGCAACUUGUAAUCUGACAUAUUUUGUUCAAUAAUAAUAAUCUUUGUCUUAUUGGAGUUUAGCAUAAGUUAUUCUCUCUCACGCGAGUCAGACCGAUCGCGCAAUGCAUCACAUAUGCUUAAACUUUUAUGUUAGCCUGACUACGUCAGACUUCGUACUUCCGCUAAAUUUCAUUACGCUUCUGUACUCAGUCUGAGAUACCUCCCAUUCAAACCGUUUUCCACCGGUCUCAAAACGACCGUCCAAUCAACGAACAGAGGGCGGGCUGAGAGCCGUGACGUAGACGCUAAACGCCGAAUCACGGUUGAAGUCUGUUGAGGACAUGGAGACACAGAAAGCUCUGUUGUGGAGAACCGGCACUUGCCAACUUAAACCCGAACAAGAAAAGUGUUUGUUAAACAUUUGAAUGGAGAUUAUGUUGUUGCCCUACUCCCGACAAGUUUUUGGAAAAGUUUAAUUUAUCAACUUUACCGAUCGUCAGCGAGAAACUGUGUGCAGCACAGCUUGACGUGCACAACGAUCGAGAAAUCAUGGAAGGGCAUUAUAUUGUUCACAGUUAAUGGUGGAGGACGCGUGGGCAAACGUGACAUUCCUGAUUAACCAGAAAAUAAGGUAGGGAGAUUUAAUUUACAUAUGGUUAUGGAAGAGUUUGAGAGGAGAGAGGGGCGUUCCUCCCGUUAGACGUGAGUGGAAAGCCACCGUAAGGAUAGUGUUCAACUAGCUCUGGCCCGAUUUACUUUACAUAAUCUGCAAAAGUCGUUCAUAGCCAUGUUAACUCUGGUAUUUCGCUCGAUGGGUUUGUUUUCACAUCAUACGUGUAUUUUACAGCAGAGAUUCGAUGCGGCUGAUCCGGCGCAUAAAGCACAUCAUAUCCAAAUGUUAUGUGUGAUUGGCUUACGUUUAGACCAAUGAUUUUAAACUUCAGACAAGCCCCUCCCACGAGAAGGAAAACGAUUGUCAAUUAUGCCCAGCCAGACUCUGUCUAUGAAGCGAAGCAAAAUAGCAGAGGAUGGUAUUACCAGGUUACUUUUAUGUAGCCACGCAACAAUAAUUUCAGCAUGCAUUCACUGUAUACAGCGGGACGUGAUGUUGUGAUUUUUCAAACGGAUUCUUAACCUAAAAUGCACCGCAAUGCAAGUGAUGCAAACCAAAUGCAGCGUUCUAUUGCAAUGAAGCAACUGGUCUGACUGGGGUAUCACUCUUCUUCCUCAUGCACAGAAGAACGCGUGCACACAUACAAACACAGGUGUCACGUGCGCGGACACACACAGGUUGUUACCAUAGCAAAAAGGGUCACCCCAGAAAUGAUAUAUUAUAUGUUAGUAGCCUAAUGGUAAAUGCUGCAGGUGUAGAAAUGUACAUAAACCAGAUAUUUACUUUGAUGUCAGGGCUAGAUUACAGCAUGAAACCUGUUGUGCAUAUUAAUAAAUUAAAGUGUUUAAUUGUUGGCACUGGCACUUAUAAACAAUAAAUGGGUAAAAUUGAAAUAAAUAGGCUUAUUGUUUGGAGCCAAAUACCUCUGUUUUUUUAAGAAAUAAAAGCCAAAUGCUUGAACAUUUUACAGCCAAGUCAUUUUCGUGAUGCAUUAUUUGUUUUGGUUGUUUAAAAACACACACAAAAUUUUAUCCGAUUACUCGAUUAAUCAAUCGAUUCAGUGCUAGAUUAAUCGAUUACAAAAAGAAUCGAUAGCUGCAGCCCUAGACGUAUGCCGUCGAGCAAGGCGACUUCUGGAGAACAAACCCGAAAACAUGUUCGGGACGUGUCCGGCGGAACUGGCACGAAUGGCCACCCUAAGUCUCCCUGUAUUACAACGCAAACGUCCUAAGCAUGUACAUAGUUAUUUACUGAAAUUUGUACAUUUUGCUUUUUAAACAGUAAGUUACUCUACAUUCAUCUUCAUUACAGUAUCAGCGGACAGACCGCACCGCAGCAUAUUUAGUAUUAAUGAAAAUGCGCUGGCUUCAUUGAUUACGUUAAGCGUUCUAUGCGCAAUCCAGUCGUUUGUGCAGAUCAGUGGGAUGUCCUCGCCCCAAACACAAUCACAAACAUACAUUCAGAUUGUAGUUGAAAGAGGUGGCAGCUUUCCUGUAAGUGGGUGUGGUUUCAGCAGAGGACACGCCCCCAGUGUUUGAGAGCAGAGAAUCUUGCACAGAUUUAUAUCAAUAUUUUUUAUUUCAUCAUUUAAACUUUUGUUUGGGUGCUUAAUAACACAUUUUUUUCUGUGGUGUGACACACUGAGAACAUAUCAGACUUUAAUUUAAUAAUUGCUUUAGUUACUGUAAAUCAUUUACAGUUAACAACACUCUACACACAGACACACACGCGCACACACACACACACACAGUUUGUGUUUACACAUAGAGUAUUGAAUAAAGUGUAAGACAGUGUAGUUUUAGUCGUGAAAAGCAGCCUGAUGUCCACAUGAUGGAGCUGAAGUGAAUGCUGGAUAAAUGUUGAUCUUUCUCUUUAUGGUACCUGCUGUCAAAAGCUUAUUGAGAGAAAUGAAGCAGCGGUCACUGGAUGAUGAUGAUGUCAUCAAGCGUCACAUGUUAUUGGGUGUUAGUCUGUGUUAACCGGUUUGUGUGUUUGGUUCUGUAGGAGAUCAGAUCCUUUAUCUUUUACUCUUAAAUGUGUGUUGUUGCUCUUAAACUUUAAACGAUUGAAUCCCAAAACUUGAGAAAAUCAUUUAACUGCAGUUUGUUUAUGAGGAUUGAAAAUCUUUUUAUUUAACUUUGUUUACACUUAUGUUUACUUCAUUAUUGUUGAUUUAUUUGUAUAUAAGUUUGAUCCAAGCACAUGUCUUAACUGUAUCAUUAACUUAAUAAAGAACAAAACAAUUAAAUGA